AUGCGGAGGUUUAUGUUCUUCAGUGAACACUCGGCUAUCUCAAGUGACGAUUUUAUGGAGAAAUAUAGCCUGCCUAAACGCGGACCGGCGUUUGCUAAGGAGUACGAGCGUAUUUUCCAAGAUCGUCUACCAAUGACUUUGCACCAGGAAACUCCGGAGAAGCCAGAGUUUGUUGAGAAACGGGCUGGGCCUAUUCGCUGUACCAAAGUCAAAGGUCUGGCUGAUGACUUCUAUAGCAGUCUUUUGGACUGGCAAGGAAGUAAUAUUGUUUUUGCCUUAGACGAACGCGUCUUUGUUCAAAAUUUCCUUACCAGUCGCAUCUCACUGAUUGCUCGACUUAGCAGUACAUACAUUACGUCGGUUAAGCUUUCUCCAGAUGGAUCUUGUAUUGGGGCUGGCACUUGUACCGGUGAUGUUGCGGUAAUUGACUUGCAGGGUAAAAUCAUCACUCGCCGGCAUCAGCACAAGUCCCGGAUUGGCGUACUUGAAUGGGAUGGCCGCCAGAUGCUUACUGGGAGUCGAGAUAGGUCGAUUAGGUACAUUGAUCCGCGCUCUCCUGAGGAUCCUCGGGCUGUAAUUGUACAUACCCAGGAGGUUUGCGGCCUGGCCUUUUCACCGACCGGUGCCUACCUGGCCUCAGGCGGCAACGAUAACAAAGUGUUCGUCCUGGAUGGUCGCGCCCACUCCUCGGUGGUGCACACCAUUUCGGCCCAUAAGGCAGCAGUUAAAGCUAUUGGCUGGUGUCCUGAUCGUACGGAUUUGCUGGCUUCAGGUGGGGGUACGGCCGACCGAACCGUUAAGAUUUGGCAAAUAGCUGGUAAUUUGGAAAAGCUACUUGACUCCAUUGACUACGGCUCACAAGUCUGUAACCUCAAAUGGACCAAAAAGAAUGAACUGAUCACCACCCAUGGCUACUCGCAAAAUGACAUUCGUGUUCUUGAUGUGAGUAAGAAGAAACAGACGCGAGUGUUUGAAGGCCACAAGAACCGGGUUAUUCAUUUUGGAAUGAGUCCCGAUGAAGAGUACUUUGCCACCGGCUCGGGCGAUGAAACAGUCUGUGUUUGGCGGGCCCGUGAAAAUGAUCUAGCCAACUUCCCAGUACGGUAG